GCCCAGCCGCGGGGCCGCCCCUGCCUCCUCCCGGUGCUCCUUCCCGGACGGCGCUGGAAGCCCUGGCGGCGGCGGCCCAUGGGGCCCUUGGCGCUGCCCGCCUGGCUGCAGCCCAGGUAUAGGAAGAAUGCCUAUCUUUUCAUCUAUUACUUAAUCCAGUUCUGUGGCCACUCUUGGAUAUUUACAAAUAUGACAGUCAGAUUCUUUUCAUUUGGAAAAGAUUCAAUGGUUGACACUUUUUAUGCUAUUGGACUUGUGAUGCGACUUUGCCAGUCCGUUUCUCUCCUGGAAUUGCUGCACAUAUAUGUUGGCAUUGAGUCAAACCAUCUUCUCCCAAGGUUUUUGCAGCUCACAGAGAGAAUAAUCAUCCUUUUUGUGGUGAUCACCAGUCAAGAGGAAGUCCAAGGGAAAUAUGUGGUGUGUGUUUUAUUCAUCUUUUGGAAUCUAUUGGAUAUGGUUAGGUACACUUAUAGCAUGUUAUCAGUCAUAGGAAUAUCCUAUGCUGUCUUGACAUGGCUCAGUCAAACCCUAUGGAUGCCAAUUUAUCCUUUGUGUGUUCUCGCUGAAGCAUUUGCCAUCUAUCAAUCGCUGCCUUAUUUUGAAUCAUUUGGCACUUAUUCCACCAAGCUGCCCUUUGACUUAUCCAUCUAUUUCCCAUAUGUGCUGAAAAUAUAUCUCAUGAUGCUCUUUAUAGGCAUGUAUUUUACCUACAGUCAUCUAUACUCAGAAAGAAGAGACAUCCUCGGAAUCUUUCCCAUUAAAAAAAAGAAAAUGUGAAGUACAGCAUUCCAGUGUGACAUGAGAAAAGACAGGCUGUGGAUUCAACCGCAGUAAAUACAACACAGGAAGUAUUCUGGUGGAAAAAUACCUUAUGUUUGAUAAAAAUCCAUUACAUGAAAAGAUUGCACAUACCCCCAAAACUGUAGACAUAACAGGCUAUGUUUUUCACACAUUGUAUUUUUAAGACAUAUAUAUUCUCCAUACCCUGCUUCACCAAAAUUCCUGCUUCAUUUGCAUUUUAUACAAGUUACACUUACAUUGUAUGUAGUCUGAUUAUUUUCCUGUAAGUUUAAUGAGAAAUAGGAGAUUAACUGCAAUAGAUUCAAUUAAAUUAAGAAACCAAACUUGAUAACCUAAAUUACAUGUAUUCUUUUUCACUUCCGAGUUCCCAAAUAGAUCUGUAGGAGGGGAGGGAUGGAAAAGAUAUUCCACAGUUGCCUAGAAUAACAUGUUUUAUAGACAGAUUUCUGUCUUCAGAGCUAAUAAUUCAAUACUCACCCUAAACAUUAGAUAUGUUUAGAAAAUUAAGUAUCUUUCCAAGCCCUGUAUCUUAGCUCAAGUUGCUAUAAGUAGAACACCAUAAACCAAAUGGCUUAAACAACAGCAACGCUUCUGACAGUUCUGGAGGCCGGGAAUUCCACUCAGGAUCAAGGCACUAGCUAAUGCAGUUCCUGGUGAGGGCCCUCUUCCCAGUUUGCAGAUAGAUGUCCUUCUGCGUCCUCACAUGAGACAGAGAGAUCAACUCUCUUGUGUCUCUUAUAAUGGCACUAAUCCUAUUCAUGAGAGCUCUACCCUCAUGACCUAAUUACCUCCCAAUGGCUCCACCUCCAAAUACCAUCAUAUUGGAGGUUAGGGCUUAACACAUGAAUUUUGGGGGAACACAAAGAUUCAGUCCAUAGCAUUCUGUACCUGGCCCUACAAAAUUCAUGUCCUCCUCACAUGCAAAAUACAUAAAUUCCAUCUCAACAGCCUUAAAAGUCUUAACUCAUUCCUGCCUCAAUGCUAAAGUCCAAAGUCUCAUCUAAAUCAGAUGUGAGUGAGAUUCAAGGUACAGUUCAUCCUGCGGCAAAAUUCCUUUCCAGCUGUGAACCUGUGAAAUGAAACAAGUUAUGUGCUUCCAAAAUACAAUGAUGGGACACACAAAGCAAGAAACAGGAAAAAAGGAAGGUGUAAUGGGUCCCCAACAAGUCCAAAACCUAGCAGGCAAGCACCAUGAGAUCUCAGGCUUAGGAAUAAUCCUCUUUGGCCUGAUACUCUGGCUUCAAGACCCAGUGAGGCAGAGGUAUUGCCCCCAGGACUAUGUUGGAGGAGGAUGACCCCUAUAUCACCAGGCAGAAGCUGUCAGGCCUGUUGAAACCAAGGCAAUGACUGCCCCUUUUGAAACUGAGAAGGUACCCCUGAUGUCCUCUGAAUCACCGUUUGAGGUCAGUCUCUCCUUUUCUUAAAGAAUAGUGUACAUUUACAGCUGAAUAGCUCUAUGGUCCCAAAUCCAAGAAGUCCAACAGUCUUCCUUCAUUCUGUCCCAUCUCCAUUCCUUUCAAGACAAACUGGCAGUGUUCCUGCGAGGGUGGCUGAUUAGGUCUGUGGUUCGCACCCACACAAAUCUAAUUGGAUGACUGGUCAGCUACACCCUUAGUGUUCUCUACCAAACAUGUUUUCUUACCUUUUUGUAAUGCAGACAAACUGAUAAUUUCCCAAAUCUUUAAGUUCUGGUUCCGUUUUGGUUAACAAGUCUGUCUUCAUUUUUGGUCACAUUUUACUUUAAGCAGUCAAGAUAAACCGAGGCACUGGUUCAACACUGGUUGGAGAUCUCUUCAGUUUAAUAUCUAAUUUCAUGGCUCACAAUUUUACUUUCCACAGAACACUAGAACAUGAACACAAUCAUCCAAGUUCUUUGGCAUAUUAUAACAAAGAUCACCUUUCUUCCAGUUUCCCAUAACAGGUUCCUCAUUUUCAUUUGAGACUUCAUCAGAAUGGCCUUUAUUGUCCAUAUGUCUACCAACAUUUUAUUCAUGGUGAUUUACAUGUUCUCUAUGAAGAUGGAGGCUUUCUCUCCCACCUUCUUGUCUUUGAGCCCUCACCAAAAUCACCUCUAUCAGUCCCUUCAUGGCAAUAUUGACCUUUUCUAGCAAAAAAACUAGUCCCUCAAAACUCUUCCAGUACUCUUCCAGGUACUCUAGUACCUCAAAACUCUUCCAGCUUCUGUUACCUAAUGUCAGUGCUGCUUCCACAUCUUUAUGUAUUGGUUAUAGCAGCACUGUACUUCUUGGUACUAAUUGCUGUCUUAGCUUGGCUGCUAUAACAAAAUACCAUAAACUGGGUAGCUUAGACAACGAAUAUAUCUCUCACAGUUCUCGAGGCAAGGAAGUCCAAGAUAAAGGUGCUAGACAAUUAAGUUCCUGAUGAGGUUCCAAGGUGCUAGCUGAUUCCUCUUCAUGGUUUGCAGAUGGAUGCCUUUUUGCUAUAUGCUCACAUGGUAGAGGGAAAAACCAUCUCUCCCUUGUUUCUUAUUGUAAAGAUACUAAUCCCAUUUAUGAAGGUUCCAGCUUCAAAUGCCAUCACGCUGGAGAUUAGAUCUUUAAUAUGUGAAUUUAAUGGCGGAUACCAGGAUUCAGUCCCUAGUGCUCUAAUAGAGUAUUCAUUAAUGUCAUGUAUUCAUUAACAUCUUUUAAGUUAUUUAGGCUUUGAUGCCUUAAAAGAAGACCCUGGCCAGGCAUGGUGGCUCACACCUGUAAUCCUAGCACUUUGAGAGGCUGAGGUGGGCAGAUCACUUGAGGUCAGGAGUUCAAGACCAGUCUGGCCAACAUGGUGAAACCCCAUCUCUACUAAAAAUACAAAAAUUAGUUGCAGUGAGCAGAGAUUGAGCCAUUGCACUUCAGCCUGGGUGACGGAGUGAUACUCUAGCUCAAAAGAGAAGACCCUGAUGAAAAUAGUAAACCUUUAACAAAUACACAAAUGAUGCCCCAUUCUGUAUUCUUUUUAAUUGUAAAAAUCACGACACACACAUACAUUACAGGAAGAUAAAAGGUAUAAAAAUAUAGUAAGUACUUUUUAAAAAGGAAAAUUCAUGUUUUGGAUUAUUACUGAAUUAUUGCUAGUUACUGUAAUGUAAGUCAUAUGUUCUCACAGUUUUGAAAAAUACUUUCCUUGAAGAUCUAAAAAAAAUGUGUGAAUAACUGAUAGUCAUUGCUGUAUCAUUGAUGUAUCACUCAAUUUUUGGUAAAGAAUUAUAAAGAUCUUAUCUAGUAACUAUGUAAAAAGGUAUUAAAAAUAUUGUGAUGUGAGAAUGGAUUAAUAAAAAUGUAAUUU